ACUUAGAGCAGGAUUUUUUGCAGGGCCGGUCAGCGCCGCGCCGCGCCGCGGCCGCCGGAGCUCCAGGGCCGCGCGCCUCGCCGGGUUUGUUGAAUUUAGCUGGGCAAUGUAUUGCGCAAUUUACCGUGUUACACGCGAUCUCAUCAUUCAUAGACCUCUGACAUGUCUGAGUCUGACUCUGAGAGACGAUUUGCAAUAUAUUUGAAAUAUCAUACUAGUGUAUUUCGUUCCAUCAAUUGCUCACUGACUUCUUAAGAACCAUCAGCUGUAAUCAGACCGGUCAUCAGGAUGCAGAUUUGCAGAUUGCAGUGCGAAAUCAAGAAUUUAUGAAUCAAUUAUCAUUACCAUUCACCAGCAGCUUACUCACAUUCGCAAUCAAAGGCACAGUCAGAAACUUUUCUCAGAAUGUGAUUUUUAGGAAUAACAUCAAAGUCAAACAGUAUGUGACAGCUUUUGCAAGUUUCAGCUGGAAGCAUUCAACGAAGUUGGAUCUACAUUCGCAGCGUGUGAGAACAGUGUACUCUUGCUCAGAAACAGUUGAAACACUAAUACAAAACAGACAAAGGCUUACCCCCCAAAAGUGGGCCUAUUCAUCACAGUUUGUGAGGACUGCAUCACACUGGGAGAUGGCAGCGGACAAGGCAAAAUUGCGCUUUCUGAAGAACAGGGAAAAGAGAGCGCAACUAGAUAAAGCACCACAGCAGAGUUCAGUUGUGUCACUGCAAAUUAUAGGAAAUGGAUCCAUUGACUGUCCUCCCUCAGUGCUUGUCAUCUCCGAUACUUCUAGAUACCUUUUUAACUGUGGAGAAGGAACCCAGAGGCUGCUAAUGGAGUGUGGGACGAGGAAUCUAUCCAAACUUGAACACAUAUUCCUUACCAGAAUGACAUGGGAGAAUGUUGGUGGAGCAAUAGGGAUGACCAUCACGCUGAAGAAUAUUGGAAUUCCACGAGUGACAAUGUAUGGACCACCAAACAUGGAAGAAUUCAAGAAAGCGCUACAAAUAUUUGCAAAGCACGAGGCCAUUGACAUCAAUCUAAAACCGUACAGUGAAGGACCAUUUAAGAAUGAAACCAUGGUUGUGACUACCGUCCCUCUGUUCUCAACUAAGAAAGAAGCUACAGCAGUAUCAACUGGAACCGAAGAUGCCCAAGAAGACGAUGGCUGCCCUGGAACCAGUGAUGGGGAGGAUGAUGUCUCCCCUAUGCCAGAUGAUGAUCUAGGAAUGAAAAGGAAAGCUGCAGGCCCAUUGGAUGUGAUAGCUGACAUGAAUGUAAAGCCGCAAAAUAUGGGCUCCUCUGCUAAGAAGAGGAAAACAGAACGACCACCAGACAUGACUAUUGCUUAUAUUUGCAAGUUACAUGAUAAACCUGGAAAGCUACUAGCCCAGAAAGCCGUCCAGAUGGGACUCAGACCGAAUCUUCAUUUUGAGCAUGUCAAAUCUGGUAAAUCUGUAACACUGGAGGAUGGGAGAGUGAUAAAAGCUGAAGACGUCUUGGGCCCAGUUACACCUGGUCAAGUUUUUAUCGUUCUAGAAUGUCCAUCGGAAGAUUUUAUUGAACCAGUUGUUAGCAGUGAUGCUUUCAAUGGUUAUUUUAGUGGUUGUGGUGAUGAUACAGCUAGUUUGGUCCUACAUAUAUGUCCUGAGGAGGUCUUGAAGGAUGAAAGAUAUCAACAGUGGAUCAGCAGAUUUGGAACUGAUACAGAGCACGUAAUCUUCAACAAGUCGUGUGAGAGUCUGAGGUUGGAUGCCAGCAGAGGGCAGCAGACAUUACUCAAUCAACUCCACGAAGGCAUCUUUCCUGUUCUACCAACUCACACAUUAAAAGCCGCACCCACACCACUACAGAUCAAGAUCAAUGGUAGCGAAUCAACUGCUAAAUUGGAAUAUGCAGAGAUCUACAAUAAACUUCAUCUUAAACCAGCCAAAGGAUGGGAAAGAAACUUCAUAAUCUCUGAAGACAUGCAGAGAUACUUGAAUGAGCUGGGACCGUUGGAGGAGUUCCAGGAGAGUCUGAGGACACUCAAAGCAUCACCAGAAAUGAAUGGCCAUACUAAGUCGAUGGAUCAGAAGUACCCCGAGGUCCUUUUCCUAGGUACAGGAUCAGCCAUGCCAAACAAGGCUAGGAAUGUCUCUGGGAUCCUUCUCAGCUUCAGUGAGAACAAGUCGAUGAUCAUGGACUGUGGAGAGGGGACGUUUGGUCAGCUGUGUCGUUACUAUGGUGAUAAGGUCGAUGAUGUCAUAGCUAGUAUCCAGUGUAUCUUCAUCUCCCAUAUCCAUGCUGAUCAUCAUGCUGGGCUUAUAAAUCUUCUGAAACAUUGGAAGAGAGUUACAGAUUCUGAUGAUUCUGGAAAUAAUCUGAUCUUGAUCGGUCCAAAGAGGAUGUUUAUCUGGCUCAAUCUAUUCAAUGCUCACUGUGAGUCAUUCAUCAAGAGGACCAGGUUUGUUGAACUAGCUGACCUGAACAACAACCAACAAGGCGAGAGAUCUCGACAUGAAGCUUCUCUGUUGUCAAGGUUCAAUCUCAAAGAGUUCAACACAGUGUAUGUAAGACAUUGUGCUCAUGCCUUCGGAGUAACCCUAACCCAUCAAGACGGCUGGAAGAUGGUGUAUUCUGGAGACACCAUGCCCUGUGAUAACCUCAUCAAAGCAGGAAAGGGAGCUGAUCUGUUGAUUCAUGAAGCAACAUUGGAGGAUGGUAUGGAAGAAGAGGCAAAGAAGAAAAGACAUAGCAUGAUCUCUGAGGCCAUAGAAGUUGGCCAAGCCAUGGAGGCCAAGUUUCUUCUCCUAACUCAUUUCAGCCAACGCUACCCCAAGGUACCUCUCAUCCAGACAUCCUCGACCAGCAAGAUUGGAAUCGCUUUUGAUAAUAUGAGAGUUUCCUUCUCGGAGCUGGACCUGCUUCCUCGAUUCCUUCCGACCCUCAAGUACCUCUUUGCAGCCGAGAUCCAGGAACUGGAGGUCCUCAGAGAAAAGAAGGCGGAGAAGAAAGGGAUCAACAAACAAGCGAACAAGAUACAACCCACAUCAUGACAUUUGUGAACGGAACCGACUUGCUAUCUGCAGCUAGAACUUUCAAAGUGAUCGGAAGUGUGCUGUACUCGUCAAUGUUUCCUACAAUAUGACACUCUUUCCAACAAAGUGCACAGGUAGUUAUUCAAUGAAUGUAAGUUACAGCAGCUAUCCCGCCACUGUACACUCAUUCUCAGAGAUGGACUUGCCUCCGCGAUUCCCUCCUGCCCUUUAAAGGUCAAGUCCACCCCAGAAAAAUGAUGAUAUGAAUAAAUAGAGAAAAAUCCAACGAGCAAAACGCUAAAAACUUCAUCAAAAUCGGAUGUAAAAUAAGAAAGUUAUGACUUUUUAAAGUUUCGCUUAUUUUUCACAAACAGUUAUAUGCACAUCUCAGUGACAUGCAAAUGAGACAGUCGAUGAUGUCCAUCACUCACUAUUUCUUUUGUUUUUUAUUGUUUGAAUUAUACAAUAUUUCAUUUUUUACAGAUUUGACAAUAAGGACCAACUUGACUGAACCAUAAGUAUUAAAACAAUGCUAAUUCCACAUGUUCAGGGAGGAAUUAAUCUUUGUUUCACUUGACAAUGAGGAGAAAAUUAGAAUAUUUCAUAUUUCAUGUAAUGAAAUACAAAAGAAAUAGUGAGUGGAUGACGUCAUCAGUCUCCUCAUUUGCAUACCGACCAGGAUGUACAUAUAACUGUUUUGUGAAAUUAAGCAAAACUUUAAAAUGUCAUAACUUUCUUAUUUUACAUCCGAUUUUGAUGAAAUUUUCAGUGUUAUGCUUGUUGGAUUUUUCUCUUUUUAUUCAAAUCAACUAAUGGUUGGGGUGGACUUGUCCUUUAAGUAUCGUAGAGAACAACAAGCAAACAAGGUAUCACACCCGUCAUGACAUAUGUGAACGGAACCAACAUGUACCUGCUGUCUGCAGCUAGAACUUUCAAAGUGAUAUUAUUGCAGAGAAGAAAGGAAUCAGCACACUACAAGCAAACAAUGUAUCAACCACAUCAUGACAUAUGUGAACAGAACCGUUUACUUGCUAUUUGUGGCUCAAAAUUUCAAUAUGAUAUCAAAAAUUUGUCUUUGAUGAAGCUUGGAAAAUUUGAAUCUUGAAUUUCUCGCCCUGUAUCAUGAUUCAACUUGAUUGUCGUCUGGUAUUAAUUCUACACCAGAUCACUUUGAAAUUCACCUCUUAAAUGAUGGCCUUGUUUCAGGAAAAAUAUGAUUUUUUGUGAAAAAGCAAUCUGUCAAGUUGCCUUUUCUAUGUCUUUGCAGUAUAGUUCAUCCAUGCUUGUGUGAUACAGCCAGCCCAGCCGUUUGUUGUACGUCAAGGGGGGAGUCUAUUGGGUCUUCUAAAAUAGCUUGGUUCACACGAUAUACAUCUAUCAAUUCAAAAAUUGGUGUAAGAUGGUAAGACCUACAGAUUUGACUUGUGCUCACCAGGAACCUAUAUACAAGCUCUUUCAUAUGUAAGAUUUGGCUACGUGUUUGGAAUGAGUCCACUUUCCAUGUAGCGAGUCUAGUCUGUUGGCAUGCUUGCCUCUUACUUUUUUUAAUGAUAUAAUAGACAGGAUAGUUGUAAACUAUAUUUUAUAUACAGUAUUUGCACAUAUAUGACUGUGUUUCAAUUUCACACAUUAUGUUUCCAGUGCCUUUGGUUUUCCUGUUCAAGAAUAUCUAGUUUCAAGGACAGAAAUAAUGCCCAUCACAAAAUUAUAUUUUAGAAGAUGUAACCAAUCAAUUUUUCAGAAAAUGUAUAUUUCACAAAAAUUGAUUUAUUGAUUAGUAAAUCAAUUGAGAUUUUUUGCAGAUCGAUCUUUUUUUUAUCACAAACCAAUGUGUAGUUUGUAAUAUGUAUGUAGAGCAAUUCCAUGAUAUAACCAGCCUUUUCAGACAUAGAACCCCAUUUUUCUAUGUUCCUUACUUCACUUUUACUGCUCAUGAAUAUUUGAGAAUAAUGCAACUCUUUAAAAAUGAAUUUCAAGGCCCCUAUUGUAGGGGGUUGGACAUACACACUUUAAUUUGGAAUUGCCCAGUAUUAAGCUAGUUGCUCAUCAGUACGUGGAAAGUACAACCAUCAGUAUAACCGAUCAAAUGUUUUAUGAAAUUCAUCAGGGACAGAUUUCCCAAUGUGAUAGGUUCAUGAUGCCAUGAUAAAGAAACAUAACACUUAUUUGCCCCUCCUGCAAUGUAUUAAAUAACAUUGAGGCCUUUAGUCAUAAACUUUCAUUUGAAAUAUUUGGUUUUGCCACGUUCUUUGAACUCUUGAAGGAAUUAAGUCAACUCUUAUUUUCCAUUAUGACUUGUUUCUUGUAUGAAAUAUUGACGAAAUUUCAUUACAGAUAAAUCAUGACAUCAUGACAAUCAAUCUGUCUGCAAGAAAAUGACAAAUCUAUUUGGUCUCCCCAGGCUAUGCAUAAGAAUGAGGAUUGUACUCACUUUGAAACAGAAAUGUUUUGCGUAAUGUACUGCGUUAACUCGUUUUGUUCACCAAUCGCUCAGGAUUAGUGUGAAGGAAUGACGUCAUAAGAAGGGCGCAAAUUGCGUAAUUAUGAAACACACAAAUUGAAUAUUGAGCAUAUGGUUGCGUUACAUCAAAGACACUACAAGGGAAAGACUGGACAGAUAAUAGAGCGCAUGCACAUAAUAAAACACUCGGGAAGAGCGCCCAACAGCGUCGGGUUAGUA